CCAAACCUUAGGGAUUCCACGACGGGACGUCCGAGGAGGUGCCAUUGCCUGUGAAGGGAAGGCUGAGAUCCUAGGAACGGGCGGUUGAGUUUAAUAAUUCUUUUCGAUCUGCUUUCUUCCCCGACCACUCUUUUCAAACCAAAACAAAACAAAAAAAAACCACCGAAGGUUUUCCACGGCGUCGAGUGAGCGGACAGCCCGCAGCAGAGAGUGAGUGAGUGAGGGACGGACAGCCGGUCGAGGCGGCGGUGGAUGGCGCCGGGACGGUGAGAAUGUUCCAGAAGGUUCCCCGCGGGUUGUCCGGCCCUCAGCGCCAGGGGCUCGGGCUCGCGCUCGCGCUGCUGCUCGGUGCGGGCCCGCUGCUGGGAGCCGCCCGCUCGCCCACCUUCACCAUCGGCCUGGUGGGCCCCUGGCGGUGCGACCCGGUGCUUUCCAGGGCCUUGCCCGAGCUGGCCGCCAGCUUGGCCAUCCGAGCCGUCAACCGGGACCCGUCCAUCAGCCCGGCUUACCGCUACGACUACACGGUGCUCGACCAGGACUGCCGGACGGGCCGGGGCCUGGCCGGCUUCGCCAGGCUGGAGCGGAGAGCCUCGGGUUUCGUCGGGCCUCUCAAUCCCGGCUACUGCGCGGCGGCCGGCCUCCUAGCCGAGAGCUGGGACAAGCCGCUGGUUUCCUGGGCCUGCCCGGAUCCCGAGCCGGGACGUCGUCGUCGUCGCCGCCGUCGGGAGAGGACACACCCGGCCUUCGCCACCUUCGCCAGGCCCACGCCCUCGGCCGCCGCUGUCCUACUCCGGGUCCUCGAGCACUUCGGCUGGGCGCGGGUGGCUGUAGUGAGCUCGGAGCAGGAGCUCUGGGUGGAGACAGCCCGGGAGCUGACCGAUGGCUUGCGGCGCCGAGGCCUCCCCGUUAGCCUACUACUCACCGCGGAGAGCGGGACUGGAGCCGGAGCCCGAGCCCAGGCCCAGCCCGAAGCAGCCGCCGCGCACGUCCUGAACCGCAUCCGACAAAUGGAUGGCGUCAGAGUGGUGGUCAUGUGCAUGCACUCGGUCUUGGUCGGAGGUGAAGACCAGCAGUUAUUCCUCCAGCAAGUGGACAGGAUGCAGAUGGCUGAUGGGAGAUACGUGUUCAUUCCCUACGACACGAUCCAUUACAGCCUUCCGUACCGGAAUGCCAGCUACCCAGUGCUGGCUGGGAAUGCGAGGUUGCGACGCUCCUAUGAUGCAGUACUCACUAUCACCAUGGACUCCAAGGAUAAAGACUUCCAUCAGGUACUGGGAGAGGUUCUGGAGAAGAAUGAGAUCCGUACAUCUCUGCGGCCAACCCAGGUCUCCCCAUUAUUUGGCACCAUCUACAAUGCAAUAUACUUCUUGGCCAAAGCAACAGACAGUGCCUACCAGGGAAGUAGGUGGGUGACUGGGACAAACAUCGCCCAGCACACCAGUGGGAUGGAAUUUGAAGGAUUUAACCAGGCCUUGCAGACAGACAAAGAUGGAACCAUCAUUGCUGACUACGUGGUUUUGGACACUGAUGGAAUGGGGAGCCAACUGAAGGCAACCCACUCAGUCAACAUGGCUACAGGAGCGUUGAAAUACCUUGGCACUAACAUCCAUUUCCCACAAGGGUCAGUCCCUGGAACAGAUGCUGACUGCUGGUUUGACUCCAAGGAAGUCUGUACAGCAGGAUUGGACCCAAUGUUUGUGCUGCUGGUGUUUACCAUGGUCUCUGGUGUGAUUCUGAUCUGUGGAGCCACAAUCUAUUCCUUCAGGAAACGCUUCCUGAAACCACACCGGUCAACAGGACCCAACAAAAUCAUUCUAAAGCUGGAUGAUUUGGCAUUCAUUAAUGCACAACUCAGCCGUAAGAGACUGAACAAUGAGAAUGAAACGUCUGUUUUAGGGAGAAGUGUCUCAGACUUGAAAAGCCCAAAGACACCCAAGCAUUCGAUCUCAGGGAAAAGUCUCACGGCAGCCACUCCAGAUACCAGCAACGUUGCCAUUUAUGAGGGAGACUGGGUUUGGCUGAAGAGGAUCAGAAAUGGAAAAUUUACUGAGGUCAAACCUUUGACCAAAACUGUGUUCUCUAAGAUCCGGGAAAUGAGACAUGAAAAUGUGAAUCCAUUCCUGGGGCUUUUCCAAGACUGUGGUAUCCUCGCAAUCGUCACCGAGUAUUGCUCCAGGGGUAGUCUGGAGGACCUCAUUGCAAAUAAAGACAUGAAGCUUGACUGGAUGUUCAAAUCUUCCCUUCUUCUCGACCUGAUUCUGGGCAUGAAAUUUCUUCACCAUCGAGACCUGGUUCAUGGGCGUUUGAAAUCCAGGAACUGUGUGGUAGAUGGAAGAUUUGUAUUAAAGGUGACAGACUAUGGUUAUAAUGAGUUACUGGCGGUUCAAAAGAUUACGUGGAUGGAACCGAAGCCAGAAGACCGACUUUGGACGGCACCAGAACUUCUCCGAGACUCGAACCUGGAGCAGAAGGGAACUUUCUAUGGAGAUGUCUACAGCUUCUCCAUCAUUAUUCAGGAAUUGAUAGUGCGAGGACCUCCAUUCUCCAUGCUGGACUUGAGCCCUAAUGAUAUCGUCAAGAAAGUUCAGAAGCCUCCACCACUGUGCCGGCCCUCUGUCUCACCAGAUCUUGCCCCCAUGGAGUGCAUCCAGAUCAUGAAACAAUGCUGGAGUGAGCAACCCGAGAGACGAACCAAUUUUGACCAGAUCUUUGACCAGGACCCGGGAGAGCUGAUCUUCCUUUUUGUUCCUUCCUUGUGCCGGCAGUUUAAAAACAUUAACAAGGGCAAGAAGACAAACAUUAUUGACUCAAUGCUGCGGAUGCUGGAGCAGUACUCCAGCAAUCUGGAGGACCUGAUCAAAGAGAGGACAGAGGAGCUGGAGAUUGAGAAGCAGAAAACUGAACAACUCCUGACGCAGAUGCUGCCACCCUCUGUUGCCCAGGCACUGAAGAGAGGCGUCCCAGUGGAGCCUGAGCAUUUCGAGCAGGUGACCAUCUACUUCAGCGACAUUGUUGGCUUCACCACCAUUUCAGCCAUGAGCGACCCCAUCGAGGUGGUCGACCUUCUCAACAACCUCUAUACUUUGUUUGAUGCCAUCAUCGGCUCCCACGAUGUCUACAAGGUUGAAACGAUUGGAGAUGCAUACAUGGUGGCAUCCGGACUUCCAACUCGUAACGGGAACCGACAUGCAGCAGAAAUAGCUAACAUGUCCCUGGACAUCCUCAGCAGCAUGGGGACUUUCAAGAUGAGGCACAUGCCUGAAGUUCCAGUGCGGAUCCGAAUCGGAUUGCAUUCAGGUCCAUGUGUGGCAGGGGUGGUAGGACUGACCAUGCCAAGGUACUGCCUUUUCGGAGACACAGUCAACACUGCUUCGCGGAUGGAGUCUACUGGUUUGCCCUAUCGAAUCCAUUUGAAUGAAAGCACAGUCACCGUUUUAAAGAACCUCAACCUGGGCUACAAAGUAGAACUGCGAGGGAAGACUGAAUUGAAGGGCAAAGGCUUUGAGGAUACCUUUUGGCUGGUUGGAAGAGAGGGCUUUAAUAAACCGUUGCCGACUCCUCCAAAUCUCUUACCAGGAGCCAGUAACCAUGGCCUUAAUUUGGAGGAAGUUCCCCUAGAGAGAAGACAGAAGCUGAUGAAGGCACGCAAUAUGAAAUAGUUUGUAACAAAUGCAGACGAAGGAACCAAUAAUAGUGCGUCGGCUCUCAGGGACCUAAAGACAGUCUUGCAUUUCUGUAACACCUUUCACAGCCCGUGGAUGCCACAGACACUUCACAGCCAAUGAUGAUGCGCUUUUUCAAACUGAAGUAUAGUCGCUGUUGUAUCGUUGGAGACAUGGCGGCCAGUUGCGCACGGGAAGAUCCUGCAAGUGGCAAUGAGUUUACAACCAGGUUGUCUAUCAUUUUUGAACAAAAAUAACGUGAGUGGAAUGAUAAGUAUUGCUGUCCAGGGCACCAGGGAGGACAUAUCCCUGAAUCUCUCCGCUCCCAAAUAAUUUAGAAAUAAGGCCGUGUGAUGGUUUAUGACCACCCGCUUCUGCUCCUUGCUACCUUGAGAGGGCAGUUCAUCUGGAAGGUGGCAUCUCUGGGCAGUGCAGCAUUCCCUCAGUGCUCAGGCCCCAGGAACAGUAAUUGGACUCAGGACUGUGCCUCUGAUGGGAGAGGCCGCCAUGAUGGGGCUGCUGACAGCUGCUUCUAAAUUGUGAUUUGUGAUACCAAAAGGCACUUAAGUGGAUGCUUCCUUCACAGUGCUAGCACAUUAUUGGCCUCGCCACCUCAAGAAGUCCCAAACUGUUUUUAAGUACUUUUCGAUUGUUGUAUUAUUGGAAACAGGGCAGCCAAAUACAUGCACAUCAAGCUCCCACAAACAGCUCCAUGCUCACCACCAAAUAUUCCCAGCUCAUGCUGUUGGCUGCAAAAUAAAUAUUGGCCCCAGGAUGAUGAGGAUUUCUUUCUCUGCCCCACCUGAAAGAGGGCACUGAUAACUGUGCUGCCCCACCACCCUCCUGUCCCACAUGGGGGACAUCAGCCUGAAUGUUGUUACUCUAGUCUCUGGAGUGGGGGCCUUGACCCCACAAUCUUCAGGCUCAGGCGAGAGCGAGAGAAAGGGAGUAAGCGCUACCCAAUGGUCAAGGACUGACGCACUUCAAAACUAAAAAUUCUUUCUACAUUUGCGUCAGGCCAGCCAUUGUGAAAUGUGUUUCUCUGCACUCCGUGUGCCUUCGCCAUCCGUGUGCCCUCGGCCUCCGGAUGAGAGCCAUGGUCAAAGCUUGCACAGGUACAACAAUACCCUGCAUUCCCACGGCACCAUUGUCAGGGCACAAAGGAGAAACAAUCCCAAGGCACUUAUCAGACAAAACAAAGUGGGUGAGUAAUCUCCACUGAGGGCUGGUACAAUUGCUCAUUGCACUGGCAUGUGUGACAUCACACCCAGUGCUGUGUAAAGUGAUUAUCUUUCAGUAUUCACACCAUUAAUAAAAUCAUUAUCUUUAGC